AUGGACUCCUCCUCCUCCUCCGCCUCCCCCGCCGCCCAUCUCACCUCCUCCGACGACCCCCCCUACAUGACCGUCUCCUCCGCCCCUCCCAAGCGCCGCGCCGGCCGCACCAAAUUCCGCGAAACGCGCCAUCCCAUCUACAAAGGCGUUCGCUGCCGCAACGCCGACCGCUGGGUUUGCGAAGUGCGCGAACCCAACAAGAAAUCCCGCAUAUGGCUCGGCACGUUCCCCACCGCCGAGAUGGCCGCCCGCGCCCACGAUGUCGCCGCUCUCGCACUCCGCGGCCGCCAAGCUUGCCUCAACUUCGCCGACUCCGCCUGGCGCCUUCCUGCGCCGGAAUCAUCCAGCCCACGCGACAUCCAGCGAGCGGCGGCCCAAGCUGCCGAGGCAUUCCGCCCGGACCCGCCGGAGAAGUCGGUGCCGUCGGAUGACCCGUUUUAUAUGGAGUUUGGAAUGCAGGAGUAUUUGGAUAUGGCGGAGGGAUUGCUGAUUGAUCCGCCGGCGAUGGUGUCGGAGGAUGAAGGGGGAAGUGCGAGUGAUGGAGAUCUGUCGCUGUGGAAUUACUGAUCGGUGAGAUUGGGGACCGGAAUUGUAGUGGUUGUACAGUACGUAUAUAUAUUAAUAGUGAGAGAAUUUUGAGUUGAUCUGCUGAUCACUGAGGGGGCGGAAGACGCCGGAAGUGGCGGUGGCGUACGCUGCUAUAAGCGCUGGGCUCCGGCAGGCGGAAGUACUGCCCGCCGAUUAUUAUAUGUAUAAUAUGUAUGAUUAUUAUAGAACUAUCAGAUAUAAGUCGGUUGGCUUAUAUA